AUGAAAUCGAUGCGCCAGAACAUCGUCUUCUUCCACCCCGACCUUGGCAUCGGAGGGGCUGAGCGUCUGAUAGUCGACGCUGCUGUGGGCCUGCAAAAUCUAGGACACAAAGUCACUAUAUUCACCUCGCAUUGCGAUCGUUCGCAUUGUUUCGAAGAGGCGCGAGACGGUACUCUCGACGUUCGAGUACGGGGGAAUUCCAUUGUCCCACAGACUAUUCUCGGCCGCUUCUGGAUCCUAUGCGCAAUCCUCAGGCAACUUCACCUGAUCCUGCAAAUUUCGCUACUAUCCUCUGAGUUGAACGACCUCAAACCCGAUUCCUUCUUCAUCGACCAAUUGAGUGCGGGUGUGCCCCUCCUACGUCUCGUUCAGCGGCAUGUUCGAGUGAUCUUCUACUGUCAUUUUCCAGAUAAGCUGUUGGCACAAAGAGGGGGAACGUUAAAAGCGUUGUACAGGCUGCCGUUUGACUGGCUAGAAAGCUGGAGCACAGGAUGCAGCGACACCAUAGUGGUCAAUAGCAACUUUACGAAGAGUGUUUUUGCACAGGUCUUCCCCAGACUCAAGCAGCGACAACCCGGAGUGGUGUACCCUUGCGUGGACACCGAGCAGAAUGAUGUACAUCACGGGGAAACCCCAAUCGAUCACGGUGAUCAGCUAUGGGGUGGCAUAAAGACAUUGUUGAGCAUCAAUAGGUUCGAGGCGAAAAAAGAUGUCGGUCUUGCGAUUCGUGCUUUCGCAGGUCUCGAUCAGACUGAGAGGCUCAACUCUAGACUAAUCAUAGCUGGAGGUUAUGACCCGCGUAAUGCCGAGAACAAGACAACACAUGCAUCCCUGGACAAGCUGGCGACCUCUCUCAAUUUGAAGACUUCGACGGCCAAGACAGUCAUAAGCGCAUUAUCAAUUCCCGCAGAGAUCGAUGUGCUCUUUCUCCAUUCCGUUCCGAGUGCCUUCAAGACGGCACUCCUCAAGCAUGCACGUCUACUUGUCUACACCCCUCGAAAUGAGCACUUCGGCAUCGUUCCACUGGAGGCUAUGUUGGCAGAGACUCCCGUACUUGCCGCAAAUGAAGGAGGACCGACCGAGACUGUUAUCGAUGGUGUGACAGGGUGGCUUCGAGACGUGAGGCGUGCAGAUGACUGGACUUCAGUAAUGCGCACCGCUCUGAGCGACGACAAAAGUGAUAUUGCCAAAUUAAAUGGCAUGGGAAAGAUGGGUAAGGCCCGAGUGGAGGCCGAGUUCUCAAAGUCAAAGAUGGCCGAACGUCUGGAAACUGAGAUACGGCAAAUGUCCAGUACCAAAGUCCGUCCGCCCGUGGCGCGGGUGCUGCCAGAGAACUUCGCAGAACUCGCAAUAGUAAUACUGGGACUGGUUGUAGGCGUGUUCCUUGUGCAGUAUAGCAGAUAG